AUGAAUGCACCUUCCCCCAACGUUCACGCCUCGUCAAGUUACAUCGACAAGAUUCUCGAGGAAAACAAAAGGCUCAAGCACCAGCUCACGCCUCCAGAGACAGGCGGUACCCUCGGUGCCACAGAAGACGACAAUGGCCAGCCCCCCAGCAGAAUCGCUGGCCAACAGAGCCUGGAGACGGUCGCCGACCCAGCGAGGACGGACAAUAUGGAUGUGCGCCCAUGGUUCAUCAACACCAGCGUCACGGACACGCCCAUCUUGAUGGCCGCGGUGGCCGAUUCCGCCUUUGCAACCCGCUUUCGGCAGGUCAUCUCCGACGCUCAGAUGCCUCAGCACAAGCAUCUUCCACGCGUCAACUACGCCCCAGAUCGUCAGCUCAUAGCGCUUGGUGAUGCUGACAUCAAGUGGCCCGGUCCCUCACGCAGCCGCUUCCUCGUCGAUGUCGCGCUCAAACCUCUGAGCCGUUCCUAUCACAUUGUCCGUCGUAGCAUCGUCCUGGACAACCUCGAGAGGAGUAUCCAAGACCUGUCCUGGGGCGACUCCUUUCAGAGGGGCAAGCUGUGGGCGCUGUUUGCCGUCGGUGAGCUCUACUCAGCGAGGUCGGCCUCCGACAAGGCCUUUCCAGGUAUGGCAUACUUUGCAAAAGCCCUCAGGGUCAUAGGCCGCUCCCACGAACGGCCCAACGUGGAGGCAAUCGAAACCCGCCUCAUCUUGGCCUUCUUUUCGCUCGCCCUGAACCGCCGGUACAGCGCCUACUGGAUCUCGGGCACCUCUAUGCGCAUGGCCAUCGUCAUAGGCCUGCAUCUACACAUUCCGCCCUCGCAGAUAGGGGACGCAGCCGUCUGCGAGCACAGGAAACGCGUGUUCUGGUCCGCGUAUAUCAUUGACAGGAUGUGGGCGUCCAUGCUUGGCCACCCUCCUGCAGUGCAGGAUGAGGAUAUCGACGUUGGACUCCCGUCGGAUGUCGUCGUUGCCCCGGAACUCGCUGGUGACUUUGCCGAUGCUGCGUACUACAUCGCCAGUCUGCGGCUUGCAAGCGUUGUCACGAGAACCAUCCGAUCAAUCUACGGGAGGAGGAAUACCGGCAAGACAUUCACCGCCAGGGUGCAGCAGGCUCUGACUGAUCUGCGUGUCUGGGUAGAGGAGCUACCUAGUCACCUUCAUGUUGACGCUCAGGGGUUUGCGGAUUCCGUCCCCAAGCCAGUUUCUCUCCAUCUGUCAUUCAACCAGGUAAGCCGCUUUGCGUCCCGCUCGUCGAACCAGCUACGAACCUUCUCCCAGUGCGCCAUAUUGACAACGCGGCCUGUCCUGCUUCACGUACUCCGCACGUACAUCGAAUCAUCGCCUGUUUCCGCCGCAAGCGACGCUCGACUGCCUGCCAGUGCCGUCACCUUGGCUGAGACGUGCAUCCGCUGUGCACGACAUUCCAUUCGUCUCCUCACUGAGGCAUGGGUCGACGGCACCUUUGCCACCUUUGAUUUUUUCUACACGCAGUAUCUCUUCUCGGCGCUCCUCGUCCUCGCCGUGUCCAGCCUGCUGGGCACAAAAGAAAGUGCCUGCGAUCGGGAUGCCUUUGAGGACGCGGCUAGUUUCCUUGAACAACUCAAGGAGGCAGGCAACUUUGCAGCGCACGAGUUUUGGCACCACGUGGACGCGACCAAGGCCGUGCUCGAUGCCAUGCACAGCAAGCGCAGCGCAACGGAGACAGGCCACUCCCUUGCUCAGACGGCAGGGGCAGGCAUCGGCGAAGGGGCUACUAGUCAGGGCGGCAUGACACCAGCGCCCUACUUUGCCCCCGAGGCUGCGCCCACAACGGCCGGCAUGGCAUUAACCGAGCCCUCGUUGCAACAGCUGCUCGCUCAGCCGUCGCUGGAUCUGCAGUUCCUGGAGGGGUCCGUGUAUGAUCAGUACUCGCAAGGGCUGUAUUGGCCUGAUCUGACGUCCGACUGCUGGACGUCGGACGGGUGGCCUACGUCGUAA